AUGGGGGCGACAUACUCUAAACCUGCACCCACCAACAGGAAGUCGGAGAAGACCUUCGCAAUUAAGACGGGUAUGACACAGAGAGAUCUGAAUAUGAAGGAGGAGUCUUUGAGUACUCCACCACCACCAUACCUGGCGCGUGAACGGCUUCAGACCGUGACACUGCCUCGUAUGGUAGACUGGAGUAACACUCUUCUAAGCGACCCGAAGAAUCGUCUCGCGAUAUCAAGUUUCGCCGACAAGUCUUUUGCAGAAAUCCUCAUGAAUCGCAACGCGCUUAGCACCGAUCUGCAUAUCUUCAACCUGACUGUGCCCAUAGAAGGAGGGCCGAUCACCAAUCAGCGCUCAACCGGUCGCUGCUGGCUCUUUGCCGCGACCAACAUCUUCCGUGUCCCGUUGAUGAAGGCAUAUAAUCUGCCUGAAUUCGAACUUAGCCAAGCCUAUCUGUUCUACUGGGACAAGAUUGAGAAGGCAAACUAUUUCUACGAGCAAAUUAUCGACACUGCCGACCAGGAUUUCUCUGGUCGACUGGUCCAGAAGCUGCUUGAGGACCCCGUUACGGAUGGCGGCCAAUGGGAUAUGGUCGCUAAUCUUGUUGACAAGUACGGACUUGUCCCACAUACUCUCUAUCCUGACAACUUCCAUGCCCAGAGUAGCGGGAAAAUGAACUGGCUACUCACAGCCAAGCUACGCGAGCAGGCUUUGGUUUUGCGGCGACUGGCCAUAAAGGAGGCUAACAGAGAGGCCCAGGCUGAACAACUGUUAGCUGCAACAAAGGAGCAGUUCUUAGAGGAAAUCCACUCACUCGUAACACUCUUACUGGGUCCUCCACCGAAGCCAGACGAAACAUUUGUUUGGCAAUACUACGACGCCAAGAAAACGGCCCGUGAAGUGCGGAAUACUCCAAAAGAACUUGGACAACAGGCCCUCCAAGCAGGUUCAGGAUCGCUAUUCAGCCUAGUUCAUGAUCCACGACACGAGUCGAACCGCUUACUGACGGUUGAGAGACUUGGUAACGUGAUAGAAGGGCGACCCCUCACGUACAUUAACGUCGAGAUGGAUACGCUCAAGCAGGGAGUUAUCUCGAUGCUGAAAGCAGGACGUCCCGUGUUUUUCGGGUGUGACGUGGGUAAAUUUUACGAUCGCAACCGGGGCGUGAUGGAUGCCGACCUGACCGACCUUAAACUCGGAUUGAACAUCUCGCUUCGCAUGACCAAAGCCGAGCGUCUCGCUAGUGGAGAAACCGCGAUGAGCCAUGCAAUGGUCAUCACUGGCGUCCAUCUCCUUCCGGGUGAUCGACCUGUUCGAUGGCGUGUGGAGAAUUCAUGGGGAGAGGAGGCUGGUGAUAAGGGCUGGUUUGUGAUGACCGACCGAUGGAUGGAGGAGUAUACAUUCCAGGCUGUCAUUGAAUCACAGUUCCUUUCGGCUGAUACACGAGCUGUGCUCAGGCAGACUCCAAAGAUCUUGCCGCGUUGGGAUCCGAUGGGUGUGCUUGCUUAG